ACAUGUUGCUGGCGGGAAAAACAUGAAAACAUUCAGGAUUUGUCAAAGACAGAAUAAGCGUUAACGCAUCAUUAUAUGUACCUAACAAUGUCUAGUUAAGUGCCUAUGUUGCAUCUCUCUUCUUCUCCUCACCCCCUCUGUGUUUUAGUUAUAUUUCUACGAGCAGUACGAUGGUUCAAAUAAUCAUAAAUUCAAGUGUGGAUGGGGCUGGUCCUGCUGAGUGGCUUCUGGUUGAACUCCAGGGGGAGAUGGUGUCCAGGCAGAACUCUGGACUGGCUGGGAACCUGAUGGGAGAUCUGCUCUACACCAAAGAGGGUGUGCCUGUGCUCAUCGUGGGACACCACAUCCUCUAUGGAAAGGUGGUCAAACUGGAGAAGCCCUUCGCUGUCCUGAUGAAACACUCCGGCCUCCCGCAGGGGGACGAGGUUCCCAUGGAAACCAACCAUCAGAACCCCACCACCUACUCUGUCGCCGCCCUCAUCAAGAAGAAGCUAAUCUUCAAGACUCGCCCAAAGCCCAUCAUCACUAAUGUGCCCAAGAAAGUGUAGUAAAGUACUUGGUCGUAUGCAUUAGGGCUCACUGUCGCAAAACCCUUUUUACUGAAAAAUUUGACAAGCUCAGAUUGUCCCUCUUUGUUUCAGUGUUCCGUUUUGUGCCUAAUGACCCUAGUCACCUCUGUGGGAGGAAAGUACAUGCUGCUCUCUUAAUGACUUCAAAUCCACAAGUAUGGAGCACACAGUGCAAGACUGUAUUUGGGACACACUCCUCUGGCUUGAGGUUAUCGACCACUGGAACUAGACUGUGUACAUAUUUGUUUAGAUAUGUAAGUGGUUAUGCUCCUCGAAUUUGCUGUAUGCGGUGGUGUAUUAGUAAAAAUCAAGAUAUUUCAAUCAUUUUUGCAUUUUUGUGACAUGAUUUAAUGUGUUGAUAUGCCAUUUGUACUGUGUUUAUUUUCAGAUGGGAAAGAAAUCAGUACAACAGUGGAAUGAGCAUGUUUUUAUUCAGAUACAAAAACAUACAGUUUUUCAACCGCUGUACAAGUGUAAAAAAUAAAUGUUCUGAUUGAAAUUUAAAUACAAAACCUUUUUCCAAAAACAUGUCUUUUAUACUGUAUUUAAAUAUGUUCAUAAUGAAACACAUGGGUGGUUACAAUACUUUAUUUUCAGCUAUUCUAUACCAAUAAAACUAUAUGUGUUAUGUUAUGUUGUGUAUCAAUAGCCAUAUGCUGUUGCUUGAUUCUGAGAGUUUUUU